AUGACAGAACCUUAUCUACUAUGGUCACUGGCCGAUGACUUUUCUAUUAAUAAUUCUAAUCCUUCUCCUGUAUGGUCUUAUGGAUAUAAGGAAGACGCUAAUGGGUCGCUCACCUUAUUUACACAAUUACUUGCAGACCCACAUGACACCAAAGUAUAUGCAUGGUACGAAUCUAAUGUUGGAUGGUUUACUCCUGGACAAUGGCUAGGGGUAUAUUAUAACUCUAAAGCAACUAGUGUGAAUGUAUCGUAUAGUCAAAUUAUAAUGUUCCCUCCUCACGGUGUAGGCAUGCACCCUGGUAAUGACGGCAGAUUUUCGGUGGCGAGAUAUACUGCUCCGAUAGAUGGGAAUUAUAGCGUAACAGCAAUAUUCUCUCAUAUUGAUAUCGAUUCUAAUGCAACCUAUGCAUCAACAGGCGUUUAUAUCUUAUAUAACAACCUCAAUAAGCUUUUUGACGAUAUCAUAUACGGGAUUAAGGGUACAACUUUCUUCAAGUCGGAUGGGAGUAUCAAUCUCAAAGCAAAUGAUACCAUAGACUUUAUUGUUGGCGUUGGUCCAGAUAAGACAUAUAACUACGAUAUGACUAAUGUCAACGCUUACAUCUAUUUAUCGCAAUAUUGUACAAUUGAAUGUCAAAAAUAUCCA